AUGCUGAGGCCCUGCUUACAUAAACACCCAGCAGCCAACAGAGGGGGUCCCCAGAACGCUCCCCGCGUGGUCCGGAGUGCGUGCGCGCCGCCCGGGCCCCGCACCUAUCGAGGCUGCGGCCAGACCCUGGUCACUCCCGGCCCGCGGCUGCAGGCCCACGCGCCCCGCGCGCCCACCCUGCGCCUGCCGAGGGGGCGCCGCCGGGCGUCCCGCGGGCGCUUCAAACCCGCCCCCGCAGCCCCAGGCCGGGCCCCAUACCCACCCGGGUCCCACAGCGGGGGCCGGAUCCGUGCUGGCUCCGGGAGCCGCCGCCGCCGCCGCCACCGCCGCCGCUGCCAGGCCCGCAGGGAAGGAGAUGCAGCGAUUGAAGAAGAGGAGGAUGGGACCCCCGCGGGCGAAGGGCCACAGGCAUCCACGGAGGAGACCCCCGGAGACCAGACCAGUGUAGGAGCCGCAGAUGCUGCAGAGCCUGCUGAGGGGGAGGCCCCCGCCCCGGGGGAAGCCCCGCCCUAUGGAGAAGUCCCACCUGAAGGAGAAGAGGAGGAAGUCAUGCCUGAAGGAGAAGAGGAGGAAGUCAUGCCUGAAGGAGAAGAGGGGGAAGGCGUGCCCGAAUGGGAAAUGGAAAACGAGGAGACGGUGGAGACGGAAGGGGAGCUGGAGGAGGAAGGGGAGCAGGAGUCUGAUGUGAAAAUCGUGUCCUCCGAGGGGAAAGCCAGCUCCACAGAGGUCACCUACUCAGACACCAGUCUUGGGGACGCGGCCGGGGACUCGGAGCCCGCCCAGCAGGCAGCAGGCUUCUCUGAGUGGCCGGGCGAGGAUGCUUCCAGAUUUAGGCUCAGCCAUUCGACAGAGUCUGAUGACGAGCUCCAGCGGGGCCCACCGCACCCCCUGCGGCCGAGCUCGAGGGGCCGGAUCCCAUCCUCGGACGAGCUGUCCCUGACCUCGGAGGAGUUCUUGGCCCCGGAGCCAGGCAUGGCCGCCCCGGCGUCCCGGCAGCACCCCAGGCCCGGGCCCCCGCCCUCCUUCCUGGACAGGAUCCAGCACCUCAGCCUCUCCGAGGAGGGGGUCGCAGAGCCGCCGGGGUCGGAGGGCAGCGACGAGCCGGACGAGGACGUGUCCCACCUGGUGGUCUUGGACCCCAACCACCCCCUGAUGCUAAGGUUCCAGGCCGCGCUGAACAGCUACCUGAACCGGCAGGUGGAGAAGCUGCAGCUGGAGCUGCUGGAGCUGGGCGUGGCUUCCAAGCAAAGCCAAGCGCAGCGGCAGGAGCUGGGCGUGGACCUGUACGGGGUGCAGCAGCACAUGGCGGCCCUGCAGGUGCAGCUGGAGAAGUGCCAUGACCGCUACUCCCUGGCCACGUGCGCCCGGCAGCAGGCCGAGGAGGAGCUGCAGCGCAUGCGCCUGCUCUACACCCGCACCUGCGAGGCCGCCAAUGCCGAGCGCAAGAAGCUGGCGGCGCUGCAGACCGAGAUGGAGCACCUGGCGCUGAACCUGUUCUACAUGCAGAACAUCGACCAGGACAUGCGGGACGACAUCCACGUGAUGAGGCAGGUCGUGAAGAAGUCGGAGGCGGAGCGGGCGCGGGCCGAGCGGGACAAGAAGCAGCAGGACCUGCACGUGGACCAGCUCACCACCCGGGCCCAUGAGCUGGAGGAACAGAUCGCCCUGUUCGAGGCCCAGUCAGGGGCCCAGGCGGAGGAGACCCGGAUGCUCCGGAAAGCCGUGAGCGAGGCCUGCGCGGAGAUCGACACCAUCAGGAUGGAGAAGAGGCUCAUCCUGCAGCAGUGGGCCGUCUGCCUGGUGGGCAUGAAGCGCCUCGACGAGGCUCACAGGGCCAUCCAGGAGGUGCUCAGCGAGUGCCAGCACCAGCUGAAGGCGGCGGACGGCGAGGUGGAGGCCUACAAGCGCUCCAUCGUGCAGGAGGAGGAGCGGAACGAGACGCUGGCCCGCGUGCUGCGCCGCAACGAGGCCGAGGGCCGCCUGCUGCAGAAGCUCACGGCGCAGUGCCUGGCGCGGCAGGAGGCGCUGCAGAGCCAGUUCAGCACCUACCAGCUGGUGCUGCAGGACACGGAGGGCCAGCUGAGCACCGUACGCGGGGUACGCCGCCCCCUCCCCCCCACGCACAGCGGGGCGCCCCCGUGGCCUUCCCCUCCCCCACCGCCCUCACUGCCCCCACCUCCCCAGGAGCACAAGGAGAUCAGGGCCGAGCUGCUGGCGGUCCACCAGUCCAUCCGGCAGGAGCUGGACCUGCGGCGGGACCUGGACACGGCCAUCGUGCGGAAGCUGCAGGAGCAGACGACCUCCAACAAGAUGACCAAGUACUUCCACCAGCUGCUCCACAAGCUGCAGAAGCAGAAGACCAACCUGGUGACACACCUCUCCAAGAUCGACGGCGACAUCGCCCAGGCCACGCUGGACAUCACCCACACCAACUGCCGGGCGGACAUGCACCGGGAGGCGCUGGCCGAGCUGGACAAGGAGGUGCAGAAGGUCAACGAGCUCAUCGGCAACAGCGAGAGCGAGACCACCCGGCGCACCAUCCUCAUCGAGCGCAAGCAGGGCCUCAUCAACACCCUCAACAGGGAGCUGGAGCAGAUGGUCUCCGAGAUCGGGGGGGAAGAGCUGGGGCCGCUGGAGCUGGAGAUCAAGAGGCUGAGCAAGCUGCUGGACGAGGUGGGCGCCAAGGUGACGCAGGGGCAGGUGAACUGGCUGCGCCUCCAGCAGGACAUGGUGCGGGCGGCGCAGGAGCGCGAGGAGCAGCUGGCCGCCCUGAGCCUCUUCAGCAAGGAGGUGCGCGUCCUGGAGCAGAAGAAGCUGAGGACCGAGAAGAAGAUCGAGCAGGAGAAGAGGGAGCAGAAGGACAUCGAGCGGCACAUGAAGGACCUGGACAACGACCUGCGCAAGCUCAACCUGCUCCUGAGCCGCAACCGCAGCAGCUCCGAGGGCCUGCAGCAGGCCAACCUGCUCGCCGAGAGCCAGUUCCUGCACGCGCUCAAGGCCGCAGAGAGGGAGACCAUCGAGAUGCAGGACAAGCUGGAGCAGCUGAACCAAGAGAAGAUGUCACUCCUCAACCGCCUGGUGGAGGCCGAACACCAGAUCCUGCUUUGGGAGAAAAAGAUCCAGCUGGCAAAGGAGAUGCGGGCCUCGGUGGACUCGGAGACGGGCCAGAAGGAGAUCCGGGCCAUGAAGGCGGAGAUCCACAGGAUGAAGUUCAGGCACAAGCAGCUGCUGAAGCAGCAGGAGCGGAUGAUCCGGGACAUGGAGCUGGCCGUGGCCCGCAGAGAGACCAUCUCCACCCAGGCCGAGGGCCAGCGCAAGAUGGACAAGAAGGUGCUCACCCGGUCGGACUUCCACCACAAGCAGUUGGAGCUGCGGCGGAAGAUCAGGGACCUUCACAAAGCCACCGAGGAGACCAGCAGAAGCAUCGCGGAGAUGGAAGAAAGACAAAAGCGCAUGAGCAACUCCCUGCACGAGAAGCAGGCGCAGCUGUCCACCAUGCAGGCCCAGGCCGAGGAGCUCGACGCCACCCUGGAGCAGCUCGUGGCCCGCAAGCGGCAGAACUUCUCCGAGCUGGUGACCCUGCAGACGCGCCUCAAGCACCUGCAGGCGGUGAAGGACGGCCGGUACGUGUUCCUGUUCCGCACCAAGGCGGCGCAGGUGGAGGAGCGCAGGCGCCUGGACCACCGGCUGGCCGCCAUCGGCGCCAUCCUGGACCACGUGAAGGACGAGCACCCCCAGUUCCAGGAGGCCCUGCUCAAGCUCAGACAGACGAUCGCCAGCCAGCUGGACGCCCCCGGGCCCUCCUAGCGUGCAGCCCUGCCUGCGCCUCCCAGGCCGGCCGGCCGGGAAGAGACCAGGGUGCUGCGUAUUCCCUGGGAGCUGUAUCUUUUUGUGUCCCCGGAAGCCACGUGCACCCGCAGAGAAUGACGCUGAGAGAACAGGCCAGCGCUGCAGGACACUCUGGCCACCUGCUUGUUUAAACCAAGUCACCUCUCGUGUUUAGGCAGGUCAUCCCUUCGCAGAGGCAGCACCCGGGAGGCAGACCCUGUUCCCAGGUGGACGGAGCACGUGCUCCCUGAGCACCACCUGGGCUGUGGAGGCUCCCGUUUCUGCACGUGCGCAUCUGCAGACUCACACCCACCUCCUCCUGGGCAGCUUCUCGCUCCCACCCCACAGAGAACCCGGGUCCCUUCUCCUCCCCCACUCCCGGCCAGCGUUAAAUCUAGACUCUCCCCGGGAAGGAGAACGAGCUUACAGAGAGCCGACCGCUGAAAUAAGACAGACCCGUCCCAGGGCUGCCCACUGGUCCCGCUUCCAGGGUCGGGAGCGCCCUCCUCCCGCACCCGGUCCCCCAGCACCUGUUAGCCGGCCUCUCUGCUGUGUAACGGGAAGGGUUCUACAGAAUUUCACUUGCACACUUUUCAACAGAAAAGUAAAUAUUUUUUCCUGAAGAUUGGGGAAGGCGUAUUUCUUCUCAAACAUUUGAGAAACACAAAACCCAUAAGGAAUCGGGGGCGCCACCGCCCGUGCCCCGCAGGUGCCCCGGGUUUCCCUGGGGAGAGCUCCCGGGCAGGAUCACGCGUGCGCUG